AAGCGCAGCUGCCAGAUACUGCAGGUUUAGCUGCACUGCACCCACCUGGCUUUGUGGUUGAGGCCGGCCCUUGGCUGUCAGGCCUGGGAAGAUGGUGCUGGGCGGUUGCCCGGUGAGUUACUUGCUUAUGUGCGGUCAGGCGGCUUUAAUGCUGGGUAAUCUCCUUCUGCUGCAUUGCGUCUCUCGAAGCCACUCGUACAAUGCUACCGCCGAACUUGAGCUCACAUCGGCGGGCGCCGCCCACCCAGAGAGCCUGGCCGGUGCUCUGAACUGGGAAUACAGCGACCCCCAGUCUCCUGUCAUCCUCUGCUCUUAUCUACCUGAUGAAUUUAUACACUGUGAUGACCCCGUGGAUCAUGUUGGAAAUUCAACAGCGUCCCAGGAACUUGGUUACGGUUGCCUCAAGUUUGGCGGUCAGGCCUACAGUGAUGUGGAACACACUUCUGUCCAGUGUCGAGCCCUCGAUGGAAUUGAGUGUGCUAGUCCUAGGACCUUCUUACGAGAGAAUAAGCCUUGUAUAAAGUAUACCGGACACUAUUUCAUAACCACUUUACUGUACUCCUUCUUCCUGGGGUGUUUUGGCGUGGACCGUUUCUGUCUGGGACACACCGGCACAGCAGUCGGGAAGCUGUUGACCCUUGGAGGACUUGGGAUUUGGUGGUUCGUUGACCUGAUUUUGCUCAUCACUGGAGGGCUGAUGCCGAGUGACGGCAGCAACUGGUGCACCAUUUACUAAAAAGAGUUUCUCUUUCACCCAACGAGACAAGGGAGCCUUCUGUCUUCUGAACUCAUCUCUACAGGCUCAGAAUUCUUUGCUUAUCCGACCUGAAAACUUCUGUCUUUGGGGAGAAUGGGUUUGUAAGAAGAAUUCUUUGGACAAUGGAUUUUUCAACCCAAAUUCUACCUGGCAGACUAGAAAUGACAAGCAAAUGGUGUUGUGGGGAUCAGAUUUGCACCCUUCCUUGUGCACAAAAUAUAAAGGCUAAUGACUAACUUAUAAA